AUGAGUGGUGAAACAUCCACCAAAAUCGGCCACAGCUUGGCCAAGGGUCUGGGGAUCAAGGUCGCCUACAGAGACCCUCUGGGUGCGACCGCCGAGCCCGUCACCAGAGGCGAGUCGGCCUUUUCGGUGGGCACGGCCGAUACCUACUCGUAUAACGAGCCCGAGCCGACUAGCGGCGAAUGGAUCCUGGAGCACACGCCGUCCUGGCGUCAGAUUGGCAUCUAUUUCUACAAUCUGUUCCCGUUCCUCCGCUGGAUCACUCGCUAUAACUUACAGUGGUUCUAUGGGGAUCUGGUUGCCGGUAUCACGGUGGGAGCUGUCGUCGUGCCGCAAGGUAUGGCCUAUGCCAAGCUGGCAGAGCUGGAAGUGCAGUAUGGUCUCUACUCAUCCUUCAUGGGUGUGUUGAUUUAUUGGUUCUUUGCCACGUCCAAGGAUAUCACAAUUGGACCCGUCGCCGUCAUGUCGACCUUGACGGGAGAGAUUGUGCUCGAGGUGGCAAAAAUGUACCCCGAUUACCCCAAGCACAUGGUUGCCUCGAGUCUGGCUGUGAUUUGCGGUGGCAUUGUCUGCUUCCUGGGACUCUUCCGGCUGGGUUUCAUUGUGGAUUUCAUCUCGCUGCCGGCUAUUUCUGCAUUCAUGACGGGUUCGGCCUUGAACAUCUGCUCUGGGCAGGUGGCCACCAUGUUGGGUGAAACGGCUGAUUUCUCCACCCGAGGCCCGACCUAUUUGAUCAUCAUCAACACCCUCAAGUAUCUUCCGAGUUCGACCAUCGACGCAGCCAUGGGCGUGACAGCCUGUGCGAUGCUGUACAUCAUCCGGUCCGCGUGUAUGUACGCAGCGAAGAAGAUGCCUCACCGAGCCAAACUGUUUUUCUUCGUCUCGACACUGCGGACCGUGUUUGUGAUCUUGUUCUAUACUAUGAUCAGCGCGGCGGUUAACCUGCACCGCAAACAUCACCCGAAGUUUUCGCUUUUGGGGUUCGUUCCUCGAGGUUUCCAAGAGGCCUCCGUGCCGGAUAUGGACCGCAAGAUCAUCAGUGCCUACGCUGGACAGCUGCCGGCUGCGGUUAUUGUCCUUUUGAUUGAGCACAUUGCCAUCUCCAAAUCAUUCGGCCGCGUCAACAACUACACGAUCGAUCCCUCGCAGGAGUUCGUGGCAAUUGGCGUUUCAAACCUUUUGGGUCCCUUCCUGGGUGGCUACCCUGCCACUGGAUCUUUCUCUCGUACUGCGAUCAAGUCCAAGGCCGGAGUGCGGACGCCGUUGGCGGGUAUUAUUACCGCCAUUGUGGUGCUGCUGGCCAUCUACGCCUUGCCCGCCCUCUUCUUCUACAUCCCCAAGGCCUCUCUCGCCGGAGUCAUCAUCCAUGCUGUCGGUGACUUGAUCACUCCUCCCAACACCGUGUACCAAUUCUGGUGUGUCUCGCCGCUGGACUGCCUGAUUUUCUUCAUCGGCGUGUUCGUGACCGUGUUCACGUCGAUUGAAAAUGGCAUUUACUGCACCAUCUGUGUGUCAUUGGCAGUGCUGCUCUUCCGCGUGGCCAAGGCGCGCGGCCAACUCCUGGGCCGAGUGACGAUCCACUCGGUGGUGGGCGACCACCUGGUGGACGGCGAUGGCAAGUACGGAUCAUUCGGGGCGAACAAGGCGCCGUCGGACGACCGCGACCACGACCACCGGUCGAUUUUCCUGCCGAUCAACCACACGGACGGGUCCAACCCGGAGAUCUCGGUUGAGCAGCCGUACCCGGGGAUCUUCAUCUACCGGUUCUCCGAGGGAUUCAACUACCCCAACGCCAACCACUACACAGACUACCUGGUGCAGAGCAUCUUCCAAACGACGCGGCGCACCAACCCGCACGCAUACGCGCGGCGCGGCGACCGGCCAUGGAACGACCCGGGCCCGCGCGAGGGCAAGGAGCAAGCCAAGAACGAGCAGCACCUGCCACUGCUGCAAGCCGUGAUCCUGGACUUCUCGUCAGUGAACAACGUUGACGUGACGUCGAUCCAGAACCUGAUCGACGUGCGCAACCAACUGGAUCUGUACGCGUCGCCGCGGUCGGUGCAGUGGCACUUUGCGCACAUCAACAACCGCUGGACGAAGCGCGCGCUGGCUGCCGCCGGCUUCGGGUACCCGACGCCAGUGUCGAGCGAGGGCUUCCACCGCUGGAAGCCGAUCUUCAGCGUCGCCGAGAUCGAGGGCAGUGCAUCGGCCGCCGCCCACGCCGAGAUCGUCAACAACGAGCGCGAGCACGCCCACCACCUGCACCACCCCAAGUCCGUGGCCGAUGUCGAGUCCGGCGCGCUCAAGUCAGGCUCAGCUACCGUCGAGCGCGAGACCCACGGCAUCGAGACUUCCUCCGAGGACAGCGCCGUCCCCGAGGACAAGCUACAGCGCGAUCUCACGGCCAGCCAGGCGUACCGCCGCCGCAAGGUCGCCGUCGUCCAGGGUAUGAACCGGCCAUUCUUCCACAUCGACUUGACCAGUGCGCUGCAAAGCGCCGUGGCCAAUUCGUCGGACGAGGUUCCAUCUCUUGGUUGA